AUGUUAAACAUGUGCUCUUUUCCCUCUCACCCCAUCAACCUCCCCCCAACCCACAAUGCAGUGGCUCGGACUACCUGGUCACAUACUACCUCUACGCAGCUGGAGUCACCAAGGCUCCAGAAUCUCAGGCCAACUUCAAGGGCAGCCCCUGCAGCAGCCUCAGCAGCAGCAGCAGCAGCAGCAGCAGCAGCAGCAGCAGCAGCAGCAGCAGCAGCAGCAGCAGCAGCAGCAGCAGCAGCAGCAGCAGCAGCAGCAGCAGCAGCAGCAGCAGCAGUGCGCCGAACAUAA